AUGCAUGAUGGGAAUUGGUAUGAAAAGUUGAAACAUACAAAAGUAACCAAAAUUGGGGCAACCCUGCGAAGUCUACAUGCAACACGCGAUAAACUCACCAUCACUGCCUCCAAAGAUCUUGUUCUUCAUGGUAAUCGGAGUAUCAUUCCGCAAAUACUACGACAAAAGAUAAUCAAUAUAGCGCAUGAAGGUUAUCAAGGAAUUGUAAAGACCAAACAACUCAUACGAGAAAAGGUCUGGUUUCCACAAAUCGAUGCAAUGGUUGAACAAACAAUCAACUCAUGUAUCGCAUGCCAAGCCACACCAUUUGAUAAGAGCAGUGAACCACUAAAAAUGUCCAAACUUCCAGAUGGACCAUGGCUAAAAGUUAGCGUUGAUUUCGCUGAUCUCGCAACAGGAGAAUACCUACUUGUUAUUACUGAUGACUACAGUCGCUUCCCUGAAGUUGAAGUUAUCAGUUCAACUUCAGCCAGAACAGUGAUUCCGCGAUUAGAUUGCAUAUUCUCACUACUUGGUACACCGCUGAUUGUGGGCACAGAUAAUGGACCACCAUUCAACGGAGCAGAGUUUGAAUCCUUUGCUAAUUAUUUGGGAUUCAAACAUCGCAAAAUUACUCCAAGAUGGCCUAAAGCCAACUAUGAAGUUGAACGAUUCAUGAAGACUAUCAAAAAAGUCUACCGAACAUCACAUACUAACGGCAAACCAUUUAAACACUGCAGGAACUAUACCGAUUCCUAA